GCUGCAUCAGACCACAGAGAGAACGUGUGCAGCAUUUUAAAAGCAUUUUGAAGUUAAAGAAUUGUGUUUCUCAGAGAGAUUUGAGAUGGGUAAAACUCAUUUGGAUUUGUGCAGUGAACUGUUGUUAUAUACUAAUACAUAUACAUACAUAUUAAUGUACAGAACACUGAUUAUACAAACAGGAAAUAGAAACUGGAAGCACAUCCAUGUUAGCCUUCUCCUAAUCAAUAAGUUAAACAUUUUAGCUUUAAUAUCUAUAAAAUAUUAGACAAUUGAUAAAUGGUCUUAAGGGGUUGAGGUUACAGGGGGACAAUACGUUAAUCAGUUGUUUGCUUUAGUUUUAUUUCAACUGAGAGAGAAUGUGUAGAGUGAAAAAGUCCAUGGGAAACGUGGGGGCCUUGACUUUACUUCAACAGCAACUAGAACAGAAAACACAGCCUGAGCAGCAACACACUGGAAAUAUGAAGUGAAAUACGGAUUUCAGAGUUGUAUGUUCAGGACAAAAAAAAAAAAAAAAAUCAUGUUUGAUUCAAGCAGACCAUGAACAAGAUAAAUGUUUCUGUAAAGUUGUGAGCAGCUUGUGAACACAUGAUGAAAAGACUCUUUCAUUUCCUUCUGAAACUGUUAGCUGACACUUUGGUAGACUUGAUAUAAAUAUAUAACAUAUUCUACGUAUUUAAUAAAUCGUGUGAAACAACUAGAUGCACAGUGUGGGCGUUUCUGUGGCCUGUUUGUCUCAUGUCUGAUGCUAUCUGUGGUUUUCCUGAGAGCAAGUUCUGCAAAUUGACACUGAAGUACAUCAAAGUUCACAUACUCAGAGACACAAGCUUCUUCUAUCUGAGAAGUCUUAUUGAGCUUCAUCAUGGCUGGACGUCUGCUGUUCGUCAUCCUCAUCUAUUCCUUUCACAAGAUUCAAACACGAGCUUCUCUUCUACCGACACUGACAGUGAAUCCUCCGGUGAUCACAGAGACAGACUCAGUCACUCUGCACUGUCAGACUCCACCCUCUCUUUCUGUGUCUCACUGUUAUUUCUACACUUUAAGUGGAGGAAUUAUCAAAGUCUCCUCUUGUCUGAAGACUCUGACAGGAACUGAGCUGCUGAAGAUGUCACGGCAGAGUUCACCUGCUCAGGUUCAAGUGAAAUGUAAUUAUUAUCGUGACUUGACUCAAUCUCCUGAAAGUGAUGUAUCCUCCAUCUUCAUUCACAAUCUUCUUCCACCAACACUGACAGUGAAUCCUCCGGUGAUCACAGAGACAGACUCAGUCACUCUGCACUGUCAGACUCCACCCUCUCUUUCUGUGUCUCACUGUUAUUUCUACACUUUAAGUGGAGGAACUACACUCUUCCCUUGUCUGAAGACUCUGACAGGAACUGAGCUACUGCAGAUGUCACAGCAGAGUUCACCUGCUGAGGUUCAAGUGAAAUGUUAUUACACUGUAAAACAUGGAGAUGUAAAUUAUCCAUCUCCACACAGUGACCCGUCCUCCAUCACCGUAUGUCAAAAACCAGAGAUCAGUAUUCAACAUUUUCCUGGUGAAAACGUUCUCUUCACCUGCACUCUGCCUGGAUCUGCUGAUCGUGAUGCAAGAUGUAACCUGUACUUUGGAGAAAAUAAUAAUCCAGUCCCAACAACAACCAGCUGGAAGAAUAGGGAUUCAAAGAAUCGGCUGAUCUGCCAGUUUACUGUCACAAUUGAUGACUUUCUAAGACGUGUACAUUUUCUUAAAAGACAUGAUGCCAGCUGUGAUUAUAGUUUGGGAAAUGAAGCCAACUCUUUGUCUCCUCGUAGCGAUGGAUACAGCUUGACUGAUAUUGUGGAAAAGGAGCCCUCCAAAAUAUCAGCUUUUACUACCCCCCCAGAUAUCGUGGAAAAGGACACACACUUGACAAAGACUAUGUUGACAUCUACUAUGACCACAGAAACAGUCAGUAGUGUGAAUCCAGGACCUGAUAAAGAUAUAACAGGUUCAAGUGUUAGUACGCCUGGUAUUAAAGAUAGCUCUAACACUGCAGCCCCUCAGAAAACAGCAUCAGCCGAAAUAUGGAAGUUUGUAGCAGUUGUGGCUGGAUGUGGAGUUACUGUGGGAGUCAUCUUGCUGGUUUCUGCAAUUCUCUGUAACAACAGAAGAACUGCAGGUUCUCAGGAAGUGAAAGGCAGACAGGAGCAUCACAAUGAGAAUAUGGAGACAUACCAUAUGUACGCAGCCAUCUCGGAGGAGCCGGCCGCAUCGGACCUCAAGAGUAUAAUGUACAGCACCGUGCAGUCACACUGAAACGAUACCCUACGGAGAGAGAAGCAGACAGACUAACAACUGUUACUGAAAUUAACUUUGUGUAUGACGUUCACUGGUAUAAUGCUGAUCGAGUUUUUACAACUAUUAAAGCUAUGCAAUUUUCAA